AAUAAUCGAGUUAAAAGAAAAAAGAAUAACAAAAAGGUAAAGUACUACCGACGUUUCAGGGUUUCUGCCAAUUAAAGUCUCAUUCCCUUCCCUCAGAGAACAACAAAUACAUUAUAAUAUCUUCAGAACCAGCACCUCAGUCAUCGUCUCCGGCAAUGCUGCCGGAAUUUACAGACAAGCCACCACCACCACCACCGUCACUGUAAACAACAUCAUAUACUUCAGAACCAGAGCAGCACCACCACCACCACCACCACCGUCACUGUAAACAACCUCCGUUACUUCCACAAUGUCACUAGCCAAACACACUCCGAGCAAACACACUCCGAGAUCACCACCAGAUUUCAAACAUCGAGUCCUCACCUGCCUCAACAAACUUUCCGACCGCGACACACACUCCGCCGCCGCAACGGAGCUCGAAUCCAUCGCAAAAACUCUAAAUCACGACUCAAUUUCACCCUUUCUGUCUUCAAUCUCCACCACAAACUCUUCUGACAAAUCUCCGGUCCGUAAACAAUGCAUUCGCUUAAUUUCCACCUUAUCCGAAACCCACGGCAACAUAUUAUCACCUCACUUAUCAAAACUCCUCUCCGCCGUCGUCCGCCGGUUACGUGAUCCAGACACCGUCGUCCGUACCGCCUGCGUCGCCGCCACCGCCUCCAUCGCUGCUCACGUCACCAAACCGCCGUUCAUAUCCGUUGCGAAACCGUUUGUUGACGCGUUAGUUACCGAGCAGGAUCUGAACGCUCAGAUCGGCGCAGCUCUGUGUCUGGCGUCGGCUAUAAACGGCGCGCCGGAGCCGGACACGGCUUACUUGAGGCGGUUGUUGCCCAAGGUUGAGAAGUUGUUGAAGAGUAAUUGUUUUAAGGCGAAGGCUGCAUUGCUGAGGGUGGUUGUUAGUAUUGUUAGAGUCGGUGCGGCUUCCGGUCCGGUCAUUGUGAAGAGUUUGGUGGAGAUUACGACGGAUUUUGUGGUCAAAAGUGAGGAUUGGGCGGUGAGGAAGGGUGCAGCUGAGGUGUUGGAAGUGUUGGCUGUUGUGGAGAAGGAUUUGUUGCCGGAGUAUAAGGCGUCGUGUUUGAAGACAUUCGAGGCGAAGAAGUUUGAUAAGGUGAAAGGUGUGAGGGAGACGAUGAAUCAGAUGAUCGAAGCUUGGAAUGCGGUUUUGGAUGUGCCGGAGGAGGUGUUACAACAGCAGGAAUCACAUUCUUCUAAAGAAGAAGAAGCUGAGAUACAAAAUCCACCUCAAAUAACAAAGCGAACCGUGCCCUCCGGUUCCGGUUCCGCCACCAGCAGGAAAACUGGUCCAGCAAUGUUCCGUAAGCUGGAUCGCAAGAAGCCUAAUGAUCAGAAACUUAACACUACCGAGGGUCAACACAGCAAACAAAGAUCUUUAAAACAAGAAACAAAACGGGCCCUUUUCAGCGAAAUAACUGAUGAGAAGAUACCCGAAUCUCAAUCUCAUGAAGAUAUGGAACGUUCCGGAAUUGCAGGAAGUUUGAAUAUCGAUUCGGUUCACCAGGAUGAGGACAUGUCUUUGAUUCGCAAUCAACUUGUUCAAAUCGAAACCCAACAGUCCAACUUGUUUGAUCUCCUCGAGAAAUAUAUCGGGAGCUCACAGGACGGGAUGCGAUCACUGGAGUCUCGUGUGCGCGGUCUAGAGUCAACUCUGGAUGAGAUUUCUUAUGAUUUGGCAAAGUCAACCGGACAGGGGUCGAACCCUAAACCGACCUUAUGCUGCAGGUUACCAGGUGCAGAUCUUUUGAGCUCUAAACUCUGGAAGAAAUCAGAAAUUCAACCUUCAAACACGCGAUAUGCUUCAUCAUCAUCAUCAUCUUCUGUCAAGAAGACGAAUCAUGGAUCAUAUAACGUUGGUGGUGGUAGCGGGUUAAUCAAGAACCCGUUGGCUGAGGUGCGCCAGAUGUGACUGGUCUAAUUAAGUUUAAAAAGAGGUUGUUGCUAUUUGUGUUUCCAAGGGUAGGUUUUGUGUAUAGAAGAAAAUGUGGCCUUCCCUCAUUUGUGUUGUAUGGCUCUCUUCCGCUUUGAAUUGUGGUGAUGAUUAGUAAUUUAAAGAUUGAAUGAUUUUAUGAAUGUUU